UCCUUCCUCCUCCGCUCCAGUCCACCACCUCCACCACAAUGCCGCAUGACCGCCAAGGCCCCGUCAAUGCUUCCCCAACUGCUCCACCCCACCACCAGUCUCCUCCCCGCCUAACACGCGCAAGGAGAGGAAAACCCCUCCUCAAACCCUAGGGAACUCGAUGUAUGCAAUUUCCACACCUUGAAGAACUGAUCUAUCCUCCAGCAGCUAACUGUUGGCCUGGUGGAGAUGAUGAUGGAAAGAGAGGACAAAUAUGUUAGAUUUGAGGACUGUAGAUCACCUGAGCCAUCUGUUAACUCGGAGAACAUAGUUUCACCACGAGGACAUAAUGAACCUAGAUCACUUAAAGAAAGAACUGAUGGAGUAUUUGCAUUCCUUCGAAACUUUUUCCAUUCUGAAACCUUAAAGAGUUCAAUGCCGGAUGACAGAAAGUCCAGGCCAAACAUUCUUCACCCUCAAGGACCAUUUCUGCAAAGAUGGAACAAGAUAUUCGUGUUAUCAUGUAUUUUUGCAGUUUCUGUGGACCCAUUGUUCCUCUAUAUCCCAGUUAUCAAUGAUCAAAAUUAUUGCUGGUAUUUGGAUAGGAAAUUGGAAAUCACAGCAAGUGUCCUACGCUCUGUGACAGAUAUAUUCUAUAUACUCCAUAUGGUAUUUCAGUUUUGGACAGGCUUUAUCACAUCUUCCUCUACAACUUUUGGUAGGGGUGUACUGGUUGGGGACAAAUAUGCUAUAGCCAAGCGGUAUUUGUCAACAUAUUUUUGGAUUGAUGUCUGUGCUGUCUUACCCAUCCCUCAGGUCGUCAUUUUGGUCGUGCUACGUAAUCUUCAAACCUCUGAGUUCAUGAAAGCCAAAAACAUCUUGUUGCUUAUAGUUAUAUGCCAAUAUGUGCCUCGGCUAAUCCGAAUACGACCAUUGUAUCUUCAAAUCACCAGAUCUGCUGGGAUAAUUACAGAGACAGCAUGGGCUGGUGCUGCUUUCAACCUCAUAAAUUACAUGCUUGCUAGCCAUGUUCUUGGAGCGGUUUGGUACUUGCUUUCUAUUCAACGCAAAGAUGCUUGCUGGAGACAGCAAUGUGGUCAAACUCCAGACUGUAAACUUGCAUAUUUGUACUGUGGAAAUGGUGAUAUAAACAUAGGAAAUGCUUUCUUACAACAUGUUUGCAUUCCAAGUAACUCCACGACCAAUCUUCCAGACCCGCUCCUUGGAAUUUAUGCACCAGCCAUAGCAAAUGUUUCACAAUCAAAAAACUUUUUUGCGAAAUUACUCUAUUGUGUUUGGUGGGGUCUGCAAAAUCUCAGCUCUCUUGGCCAAAACCUGAAAACAAGCACGCAGGCAUGGGAAAACAUGUUUGCAGUUUUUGUCUCAAUAUCCGGCUUAGUUCUUUUUUCACUUCUUAUUGGUAAUGUGCAGACCUAUUUGCAGUCAGCCUCUCUGAGAAUAGAAGAAACGAGAGUGAAAAGCCGCGACACAGAUCAAUGGAUGUCAUAUCGACAUCUUCCUGGGAACCUCAAGGAGCGAAUACGGCGUUAUGAACAAUAUAGAUGGCAAGAAACAAGUGGGGUUGAUGAAGAGCACCUCCUGGUGAACCUCCCCAAGGAUCUUAGGAGGGAUAUAAAACGACAUCUUUGUUUAUCACUUCUUAUGAGGGUUCCAAUGUUUGAAAAAAUGGACGAUCAGCUCCUGAAUGCCUUGUGCGACCGACUAAAGCCUGUUUUAUACACAGAGGGUGGGUGCAUUGUUCGUGAAGGGGAUCCAGUAAAUGAAAUGUUCUUCAUCAUGAGAGGAAACCUCAUGAGUAUGACGACAAAUGGUGGAAAAACUGGCUUCUUCAACUCUGAUGUUCUGGAAGGCGGAGACUUCUGUGGUGAGGAGCUUCUUACCUGGGCUCUUGAUCCCAACUCAACAUCCAGUCUCCCCAGCUCAACCAGGACAGUGAAGCCGAUGUCUGAAGUUGAAGGUUUUGCUUUGAUCUCUGAAGACUUGAAGUUUGUGGCCACUCAGUUCCGACGACUCCACAGCAAACAGCUCCGGCACACGUUUAGGUUCUAUUCACAGCAGUGGAGAACCUGGGCUGCUUGUUUUAUACAAGCAGCUUGGCACAGGCACUGCAGGAAGAAGAUUGAGGAUUCUUUACGCGAGAAGGAGGAGCGGUUGCAACUUGCGAUUGUGAAUGAUGGCUCUACUUCGCUCGGCUUCGGUGCAGCGAUAUAUGCUUCACGUUUCGCUCGCAACAUGAUGCGGAUCCUGAGGAGGAAUUCCACCCGAAAGGCCCGGCUGCAGGAAAGAGUGCCUGCAAGGCUGUUACAGAAGCCAGCAGAACCCAACUUUUCAGCAGAAGAGCAAUAGUUUUACCGAGUCGCCACUUGCGAACGUGGAUAACUUGAUGAUGCCCAUUUUUUCUGCACGAUUUGUGCGGUUGUACUCACUGAUGUGGCCUGAAAUUUUCAUUGGCUGUUCGAAGACGAGGUGGGAAAUCCCAAUAGCAUAAUAAUUGAAUGGUGUACCCUGCUACUUGGUUUAGAUAUAACAGUAGGCGUGUUUGUAUAUAUUCUGUAAAGGUAAUACUGUAAUAGGUGUGGGCUCGAUUAUUAACCUGAUUUUAUAUAAGUAUACAUAUGAAUUAUAUGUGUAUAGUGAGUA